AUGAAUGAGGCCUUCAUGCUCAAAGCUUUCUGGAGAUUAGUGGUGGAUAAUGACACUCUCUGGGCAAGAGUACUACUGAAUAAAUAUGAUAAAGGGAGACAAUUUCCUGGGGAGAUGAAAGUCAAAGGCUCAGAUUCUCAAUUCUGGAAAAAUCUUAAAAAGAUGAAGAUGAUCUUUGACAAGAAUACAAGAUUUUCAAUUGGUAAUGGUAAAUCGACUCGUCUUUGGGAUGAUCCUUGGGUAGAAAAUGAUCCACUUCGUGAGCACCUAACCAGUAAUCAGAUCCUUGUGGAGUUAAGGAACAUGACAGUUAUUGAAGCUGUGGAACAAAACAAUGAUUGGAACUACCCCCUUCUAAAGAAUCAUCUUCCGGAUAUCAUCAUUAACAAAAUAAGAGCUAUCCAUCCUCCUCUUCAAGAAGCGGGCAGAGAUGGAAUUUGGUGGAAUGCAACUCAAAAUGGAAUUUUUUCUGUUGCGAGUGCUUAUAAACUUUUAACAGGGCAUGGGAAACCACAAGAUCAAGUGUGGAAUUGGUUAUGGCACUGGAGAAAUAAGGAGAUUUUUAUGCCGGGUUUCACCAGACCUAAUGAUCCGUGCUCCUUCAUUUGCAAUCAAGCAAUUUCGAUCAGGAAUGCUCCUUACAAGUUGUAUACUAGAGAGUAUAGAGAAAAAGUGGAAAGACAGAUCUCAUGGUCAUGUCCACCUACCAACUGGAUCAAAUUGAAUUCUGAUGGUGCUUCGUGCGGAAACCCAGGAACAACAUCAUGUGGAGGACUCUUAAGGGAUGAGAUAGGGCAUUGGGUUGCUGGAUACUGUUCGAACUUGGGAAUCUGA